ACACACACACACACACACACACACACACACACACACACACACACACACCAUGCCCCCUUCUCUGUGUAUCCUCGUCUGGGUGUAUCUGGGACUUGUCCACCCCUCUCGAGCCAUCAACUUAUCCUCUAUCGACCUAGGACUUCCGGUGACCCACAUAGCCUCCAACCCAACCUCGGACAUCUUCGUGGGCGGUGUCAACUUCCUGGCCCACCUGUCAGCCGACCUGUCAAUCAACAUGAACGUGUCCAUAGGGCCGGUGGAGGAGGCGGAGUUCUGCUGGCCUGACCCCGCCCCCUGCGACAACCAUGUGAAGAUUCUUGCCAUAGACUCCACCCUCAACCAGCUGUUGGUGUGUGGCUCCGCCUACCAGGGCACGUGCACGGCGCACUCGCUCUACGACAUCGGGCAGUGGACGUGCGUGCGCCCACCGGCCGCCCAACGCAACGCAGACGUGCUCGCCUACAACCCUCGCAACAACUUCCUGCUGGAGUUCCUUCCCCCUGUCACGGAGUUCCGCGAGUUCGCCGCGACCGGUUCCUCCGAGGGACUCGGUGCGGCUGGCGUCACGGGGUCGUCAGGACUCGGUGUUGACGUCACGGGAGAGGGGGAGGGGGAGGACGGCGCCGGCGAAUGUCGCUCCAGCCUCUCCUUUAUCCCGGGAGACGGGUACUACUACGACGACCUCCCCCCGGAAACGAGUCAAGAACCGGACACUGGUCAAGAACCGGACUCUGGUCAACAAAUGGACAGGGCCAAGCUUGGUGAGAACCGCGAGAAGGCUGCGUGGCUGGCGCCAGCGCCAGCGCCAGCGCAGAACGGAAGGGAGCCCGGAUCCGGACCCGGAUCCGAGUCCGAGUCCGAGUCCGAAUUUACACAGCAAGGCAACGGCGAGCUGGUUAUCUUCUCCCGGUUCUUCGUCGCCGGGAACCCACAUCGGAGUUCUCCGGACGAAAUGGUGCCGUGGACUUUCGCCCAGAAACGCCUGACGUUCGAUUGGCGCACGAGUCAGUUCGAGAUGAGUUCCGCACGCGGGCGGUUGGACGGUGCUCCUAUCGGUUUCGACAUGUCGAGCCGGGUGCGGAGCGAGGGCUACGUCAACUACAUCCACUCGUUCCAGUGGGGCAACCACUCGUACUUCCUCUUCCACCAGGAGACGGUGUGUGGCGAGGGCAGUCGACAGCACGCGUGCGUGCGCACCAUGCUGAGCCGAGUGUGCAACCAAGAGGACUCUAUGCUGCCCUAUGUGGAGCUGCCUCUCACCUGCAAAAACGGAACCUCCAGCACCUACUCCCUCCUCACCUCCGCUGCUCUGGGCACAGUCCUACAGCAGAAACAGACCAGCAAAGUUCAUAUCCCAGUCCUUGUAACGGCUUUCGGAAAUGGAACCGAACCCCGGUCAACUGUGGCAGACCCCAGCUACGGCUCAGUGGUAUGUGUGUUCCCAUUGGACAAACUGGUGAGCUCAGAGUUCAGCUUGGCGGAGCAAUUUUGUGACAGCGGCCCUGGGCUGAUCAAGGGCGCUGAUUGGAUAGAAGGGGUGGAGACGAACUGCCAGAAGAUCGAAUCGGAAUCGGAAUCGACAUUGAGACUGUUCACUGUCCGUUACAACAGUAUCUAG